GUUCGCGAGCCAGAUGAGCGAGCACGAUCAGGCGCACUACUACGACGCGUAUUUUGAGGACGGGCGGCCCAUUCCCCACGUCGACACCACGGAGAGGAUCGAGAAACUAGCAAUGCGGCAAAGCGUGCUGACGCAGGAGCAAGCGGACGCCCGGGCGCGGGAUUUGAUUAUCG